AUGGUGGUGAGUGCGAUCAUGGACACCUUGAAGACAGCAUUUCCUCGUUCUGAGCCUCAAAGCCCCACAGAGGAGCUGAGUGAAGCGGAGACAGAAAGCAAACCCCAAACAGAAGGCAAGAAGACUAAUAAGUCCAGACUGAGGUUCUCAGCCAGUAAAAUUGCCCCAGCCCUGAGUAUGACUGAUGCGCAUGUGAAGGUCCUCUACUGCCUGCCAGAAAGCAGUGUGGAAUCAGAGGUCCUGUCCCUGUCUGGAAUGGAAUCCUUUAUUGAGAAACAAAGCAGAUUAUUAGAAGUGCAGCUAGAGGAAUCCACAGCAAAAGAUUUUGAAAAAAUCCCGAAUGAAUGUGUGGAUGGUUUCUUAUCCAGUGCAGCUAGGCAAGUCCAGGACCUCAGGAACAAUGAUCCAGGGACAGGGACAGAGUUAGCUGAUACAGCCUUGAAUCUGCUGCUCUUGCUGCUCAUGGAACAGUGGAAGUGGCUAUGUACUGAAAACAUGAAGAAAGUUCUUCAUCUAGUCUUUGGAACCCUGAUUCAGAGGUGGCUAGAAGUACAGGUGACUAAUCUGACAUGUCCACAGCACUGGGUACAGUAUCUCCGGCUUCUCCGGGAGUCCAUCUGGCCUGGGGGAUAUUUGCCUGAGUUACCUCGGCCUGAAAGGACCCAAGAGCAAAAGCUGACUGCUGAAAAACAGGCUCUGCAGAGCCUAAUGGGAGUCCUGCCAGAUAUUUUAAUAGACAUUCUGGGAGUGAAUAAAUGCCGAAUGAGCUGGAGUCUAGUCUUGGAGUCACUACAGCAACCUCUUAUCAACAGACAUUUGAUUUACUGCCUUUGGGAUAUCAUCCUGGAAUUCUUGGAUCUCAGAGUUGAGGAGUCUACCACAGCCACUUCAGCCUCAGACACUCCAGGCAUCCCCAAAAGGAUGAUUGUCUCCCCUCAAGUAUAG